AAAAAGAAGAGAGUACAAGCAGAGGAGACGGGAAUCGGGAUUGCCAUGGAGCAGAUGGCGGAGUGAUCCGCGGGUCGGAUCAGUCCGGCCGGCAAGCUGGUGGUGGUAGGGGCCAUGCGUGCCUGCUGGCCACCCUUAAAAGAGAGGGGCUCGCUCAUUUGUUUGGGGGUUCUUUUGGGUUCGAGCUACAGAGGGAGAGAGAGUGGAAGAGCUCGGGAGAGUUUUAAUGGAGUGAGAGGGAGAGAACCAGACAGCGAGGGAGCUCGAGAGGGUGGUCGACUGUCGCCAAAGUCCGUAAGCGCCCCCUUACAGUGCUUCCCCCGAACCAGGUUGGCUCUCCACAAUGUCGCAAUUGCAACAACUCGUCCAUCACUCAUCAAUUCUCAUUCUCGUUGUGCUAUUGUUGCGUAAAUCUAGUGCAGAUGUCGGCACAGCCGGUCACUACGAUCCUCCAUACACACCGACUGCUUGCUUUGGGUAUGACCCGUUGCAGUUCCCUUCGAGCUUCCUGUUUGCAGCUGCUGGGGAAGGGAUUUGGGACAACGGUGCAGCUUGCGGGAGGCAAUAUUGGGUCCGAUGCAUAAGUGCCGACCGGCCGAAGACCUGCAACCCGGCCCAAUUGGUCCAGGUCAGGAUCGUGGACCGGGCGCUCAGCGCAGUCUCCCGAUCCUCAUCGGACCGCGCCACCAUCGUCCUGUCCAAGACCGCGUUUGAGGCCAUCGCAAAUCCAUCUGCCUCGUCGGUCAACGUCGAAUUCGUACAGGUCUGAAGCAAUCCAGGGGAUACUUUGGAAGCAAAGUUGGGGUUUUUGGGAGCAAAUUGAUACUUUCUUUUUUAGGGAUGGUAUUAUCAUGGAUGAUUGAAAAGGUACAUCAAUAGUAUAUUUCACAAACAUAUGUAAAUUGUGUGCUUCGAUGACAAGAGAUGAUAC